GAACCGGAUCGAGCGCGCCUUUCCCAUGAUGCAACGAGGGACGGAGGCACAAUAUGGCGGACACUCUUGAAAGCGAAUUAGGUCAGUCAGCAGAGCAGCAAGCUGAGCUGCUCCUCACUUUAAAAAAUGGUGGCUUUUCCUCUUCAUCCUCAUCUUCCUCCUCCUCAGCCUUUUCACAGCCACAGGAGCCACAGCAGGACUUCUCGCCGUUGUCCGCUCUUGGCCUCCACAGGGUUGGAGAAGACCGGCCAUCUCCCUCCAAAGAGCCCAGCAUCCAACUUAACCGGCGGGGCAUGCCGGCUCGGAUGAGGAAGAAAAACCGUCUAUAUUUUGAUGAUGACUUGGUUAGUACUCCUACUCAAGUAAAAUCACCAAAGAAGGCUGCACGAGGCACUCCUAAGAAGCAAGCGAAUCCUCAGCCCUUGCCUGUUGCUCCUGUCAAGUUGAGCGAUGGUCCAGGAGGGCUGCAGUACACCUCAGCCUUGUCUGCGGAACCUCCAACCAUCACCACUCCAGACAAGAAGGUGGCACAGCAGAAUGGAGUCAGGCUCAGGAACUUCCUCAAGCUUCCACAAGCACACAAAUGGGUCUACUUUGAGUGGUUCUACUCUAAUAUUGACAAGCCUUUGUUUGGAGGGGAGAAUGACUUUCAGAUAGUGUUAAAGGAGGCUUUCCCAGAUCUUCGCACGAGGAGACUCACGCGGCGGCAGUGGGGCAUGAUCCGUCGCAUGAUGGGCAAGCCGCGCCGCUGCUCACAGGCCUUCUUCCAAGAGGAGUGUCAGUCCCUGGAUAAGAAAAGACAUGUACUGAGACUGUUGCAGCAGCGAAAGAUCACAGAUAUCAACUCUCUAAAGGAUUUCCCACUGCCAGACCAGAUCCCAAUGCAGCUGGUCAUUGGCACUAAGGUCACAGCCCGCAUAAGAAAACCUGAGAAUGGGUUGUAUACAGGUGUGAUUGAUGCUGUUGACACCUCAGACAACACCUACAGGAUCACCUUUGAUCGCCAUGGCAUUGGCACACACUCCAUUCCAGAUUAUGAAGUCCUGUCAAGUGAGGUGGCAGAGAUCAUGCCUCUGUCUAGCUUCUCUCAGAAGUUCCGUCCUCGGCUGGGCCUGGUCACCCCGCCCAGACCACUGCUGCCUAAGUUGGAGCCAGGAAGCAUUGGAGCAGAUAGUCCAGCACUCUCUCUUACCAAUGAUCCCAUCCUGGCACAGUCUCCACUUAAGUCCUCCAAGAUAUCAAUGGAUGACACACUGGGAGGCUUUCCUGUCAAAUGCCUUGUACAGAUUGUCCACCUCUCAAAAAUUCUCCGUGCAAAACGGGAGAAGAUUGGUGCCCUACGGGACAUGAACAGCCAGGCAGAGAAACAGAGAAGCUAUGGACAGGAGUUAAAUGUGGAGUUCCAGAGGAAGUACGCUGCUUUAGUUUUAGAACUGGAAAAGCUGAACAGGGACCUGAACCAACACCUCCUUGCUGUGCAGCAAUUUUGUCAGGAGAUUGCCCCUGAACAGUCUGGGCCGACCCUGCUGCCUUGUCAGAUCAAGGAGAGGUGUUAUGAGGAGGCAGCGACCAUUGUGGACGUCACCAACAAUGCCUCAGGAUCACCACAGGUGUCCAGCCCGGCCAUCAUCAAUCUGAUCACUAAGCUCACCUCCCUAAUGCUGCAGGUGAAGAAUUUAGCUGAGACGGAAGUGAGUGCCUUUGAGCUGACCUCCAUCCAGGAAACACUAAAUGAAAUCCGCAAUUCCUUGGACGAGUCAAACCGUGCCGCCUUCCAGAACAACAUUGAGGUCCACCUGACGCACAUCAUGUCAGCUGUCUCCCAGAUGGGCACACUGCAAGCCUUCAGCAGCCACAAUGGGACACAGGUGUAAUGCAGCCCACCCACUCGACCAGGUGAUGGAUGGGCAAUCUUUCCUUGGCAGUUGUGCUUUAAUUUUAUGGGUAUUUUGUGUUUGAAAGAAACAUACGUAGCUUACAUUAUAGAUGCAUAUUUAAAGAAUUUCUCUUCAAAUAUAAAUGAAUGAGUUGCUUCCCUCCUUGUAUAUAAUUGUUGUCAUUUAGUUAAGUAAUGAAAGUUGUGUUGCUCAGUGGGUGACACUAUCUCUAUGUGGUGACUCGGCAUGGUGAGGCAUACCUGCUUCAGAGCUGGGCAAUGCCAUGUUAUGUAAAUAGUGAAUAUAUGCAAUUUUUUAUAUAAAAUGAUAUAAUGGUUUAUAAAUCUAUUGUUAAAGUCUUGCAUGAUCUCGCCUUUAGUUGAAAUAUUAUAAAGACUACAUUAAAGACCUGAAUGAUUGUAAAAAUUUAUAUAUGCAUAUUAUAUAUUGCAUUAUAAUUGAAAAUAGAAAAGAGUAAGAUAAGUGAUAGUUUUGUGAGGAGACAGUUAAUGUAGCAUAAAAAUCAUAUAUAGAUGGGGAUGGCAUCACAUCUUUAUGGUGUCUACUCUGAAGGAAAAAACAAAUGACCAGUUUGACACAAAAAUGUCGAGGAUCCUAAUUGGAUGCACACUAGAGUCCCUGCAUUUAUAACAGGUUGGUUAAAUGACUGGGUAUAACUAAAAAAAAGCAUUAGUACUAUGCACCAAAUAAAAUACUUGUGUAAAUAUUUAAUAGCAAUUAGGACAAUAUACAAUAUAUUAUAGUGAGAAUGGGAUGUGCGCAAUAAAAGAUGGACUCACUGUUGAUACAGAGCAGUGAGCAGUGGUACAGAA